AUGAACCUGGAUUUCGAUCAAGAGAGUUUCAUACAGCGGCCAACAGUUCCUACAAAGCGAAGGGACAGAUCGUCCGCCGGCGCUAACGAUAAUAUCAAAACUGAACUGAAGGACUCUGGGGCGGUGAACAGUAAUAUCAAACGCGUUCGGGCUUUCGCCCAGCACUGGUCGCUUACGAAAGGGCAUCUCAAUGAAGUCGACGAGGAAAAUGCACUGUUGUCAGACAACGUCCAAGAUGCUACCGCUCGUGAUCGCUUCAACGCGGUGACGAGUGCAUUCCGCCGAAUGAGGAUCCAUUUGACGCGUCCUAGAGAGGAAUCCCCCGCCGACGAAGAAGAACGCGAAUCAUACCAUAUGCAAAAUUUAAGCCAUCACGAGCCACCACCUACUGUGGAGGUGUACCCGGCGCGUGAUGACCCAGUUAGGCAUACCUAA